AUGAGCCACGCUCGUAAUUACUCCUACGACGACCCUGCUACAUAUCCUUCCGUCGAUCCAUCCUCACAGGCGGGCUAUUCAUACUCGAACCCCUACCCUCGAUACGAACAACAAGGCCCUGCUCAGCAAUACUAUCUUCCGCCUCCGGCGUCCAAUCCACAAGGUCAACCUAUCGAUCCUCGCUAUCGCUCCUCGACGCCCAUGGCCCCCCAACGAUACCCUCGCACUGCGGCUGACCCACGAUACUCGCCCCCUUCUGAAUUGAUGUCACCGGCUUCGACGUCAACCAAUAGCGGAUACUACAACUCCUCCCAGUAUCCAGCCCCGCCAUCUGGCGAUCGCUUCAUUCCUACACCGUCGGAUUUAGCUCACUCAGCUCACUCCUAUUACCCAAAUCAACAAACAAGUCAGUCUCCAGGCAUGUAUUCGACACCUGGGCACCAUCCGUCAUCCCGACAUACCCGCAAUCCCUCUUCAUCCAGUCCUGUGCUGACUGGGCGUCCUAAUAACCCUUCUCGGAGUUCGUCCAUGGCGCCAGCGACAACCGAGAGAUACCCUUGUGAUAUGUGCGGGAAGACAUUCUCCCGAUCUCAUGAUAGGAAAAGGCAUCACGAAACCCAACACACACCCUGUCCUGUACUUCAUCGCUGUCGGUAUUGCCGAAAAGAGUUCAGCAGAGCCGAUUCGCUAAAGAGACACCUCGACAAUGGUUGUGAUGAGAUGCCUUCAGCGAAGUGA